AUUGGCGCAAUCGUGCUCUUUGUACUCUAGAGGUACUUGCUAUACAUAAGGUAAUUGUGUAUGUCUCAAGUGGUGACAGGCCUAUAUGUGUUACUUCCACCCUCCAGUGCACCCGUAAGCAAACUACCACACCAACCAACCCAUCCACCAUUCCGACACACCACCCACCAGCGCCCCAAACCCACCACGCACGCCCGCGCAAAUGGCCACGCCCACGCCCAAACCCACGACGCCGCUACGCCUAAGUCACCUAAGCUACCGGAUCGGGCGCGGCGAAACGGGCGUCCUAACUUACGAGCCGUACAAAUCGGCGCUGCUGCCACUGUGGCGGUUCCGCACGCCCGCGCUCGCGCGCACCAGCGCCGCCGCGCUGUACGCGCGCUUCUUGGCGUACGACGCGGCCGACGACUUCGUCGGCAUGGACAUGGCGCGCAAGUUCGUGCAGAUGGGCAUGACGCGCGCUAUGCGCUACGCGAACCACGCCGGCGGCCGCAAGUACACUCGUGGCUCUGGGGCGGAGCUGCCCAAGAGUGAGGGCCAUGAGGGCCAGGAGGACAAAUUGGCGGCUGCGGCUGUUUUUAGGGACACGUUGGCGAGGUGUAGAGAUCAUGAGGGGUAUAAGGCGCGGAAGGAGGCGUUUUUGAAGGAGCAGAGGGCGUGGGAUCGCGAGAGGAAGAGGGCGGAGAAGGCGGGUGGGAAUGAUGAGACAGAUCGAUAGCCGUGUUGUCCUUCCUUCCUCGGUCUGAAGCGUUGCGUCGUGUCAUGUAUGCGUCCCCAGGCAUUACGAGCUCCCUCCCUUC